GUAAAUUGCAGGUUGGUGCGUUGUGUUGGGACUGUUGGGUGUUAUUGUUGAUUUUGUGAGAUUUUGCAUUUUGCUCUUUCGUCGGGGUCUCGGGGAAUUUUCACAAAAUAAAAGGAUCUUAGCUUGUGGAUCGAAAAUUCGUUGAAAUUUGUGCUAAUGUGCGAGGUUCAGUGAACUGAACGAAACCUUUGUCCUCAACUCUAAUUCUGCGAUUUUAGAAGACUGAGAAUCGUUUUAGGAAAUUAAGAGUGAUAACAUGAAUUUUGGCAACGAAGUAAACUACUCCAGUGGUAAAAUGACUCCAAGCCCUAAUUUCAACAAGUUUCGGCGUCAGAGGCCUUUUGACGACAUCAGCAACUUUGAUAGUCCACACUUGCCCAAGAUACAGGAGGAAAGCGUUUUAGAUGAGAAGGAAAAUAAAAAAGCUGUGAUUGAAACAACCCCUCGUCGAAGGAUGGUAGGGCCAAGUCAGUCGAACAGUUGUAUCAAGACGCCGGAUACUCACAAACCUACCAGCUCGACGCCACUGUCGUCACGUCAAAAUAUGCCAACCCCUAAAACGCCUAGAUUCAUUCCUCGUAAUCCAUUUGAUGCCGAUCUCAUUUCCCGCCUGCAUCUACCAAUCUGCAGCCCUAAUGUGUUCAACACCGUUGUCAGCCCCACCAAAAGUCUUGAUGGCGACAACUUUGAUUGGACCAUUGAGGACGUAUCUCGCAUCAAACCUGCUGCUAUUGAGGAAUAUCCUGAGCACCAGUUUACAAACAGUGAUGACCCUGAGACGGAGUCCCGAGUCCAGCAAACUUUGGACACGUUUUGGAAAGCUGAAAAACACAUUGUCCCAAGUCCGUGGCAAGAUAGCCGUAGAUCUCUUGUGCAGAAAAUAACUAUUGAAAGCAAACCUAAGCCCUCUAAGGAUGUUUCAACCCAAACUAUGAUCAGCUUGCCUCUUAUUCUGCCACCUGAACUGGAGAAAGCUCUGCAGCCAUAUUUCAGGACGGAAUUGGGUACGCCCAUUAGCCCCGAGUCCAUGUUGGAAGAGGAAGAAGAGGAUGCUCAGUCUUCAUUCCUAAGCCAAUCAGGCCUGAGAAGAAAAUUGUUGUUUAUUCAGGAAGAAACUCUUGCCUCUAAUUGUUGCCCUUCAAGCCCAAUUGUGAGCAUGUCGAGUAUGAGAGGUCUGUCCAGAACCGACAAAGACUCAAACCUCAUUAGAUCUCCUACAAUCUCUCCCAUUAAAAGCAGCGAUGAAAGCACUCCAUCGGCUGUUCGAGAAAGUGGAAAUGUGUUCUGCUCAAAAAUGAGUGUUGAUACGAGUGUCCACGGAAAUGGCCAUCAAAUGUCUAUUCAGUUGCAUGAAGAGAUGGUCUCUAACUCUGGAUUGUCAAUGCAUCGUCAAGUUUUAUUUGAUGACCAAACCAUGGAGAGUAUAGCUCCCAGCUAUCAUGCUUUCCAAGGACAGUCAACCGAUCAUGGUUAUCUCACUGAAACGAGCAGUCUAAAUUUCGCAAACCAUUUCCACAGCCGACUGCCCGAUUACACUCUUCCUCUGGAACCAUGGGUGCCCCACUUGGGCUCAUCGACUCCUAGUAAGGAGAAUUGAUCCAUCUCUAUAUUGACCACUGCCAUUUGCAGGCAGCAUUUAUUUUUUGUUUGUUAUUAUUUCGGAAUGUUUAAUAUCCGAAUUGACUAGACACAUUGCUCAAGCUUAAUAAGUGCUUCUUUCAAGUUUUAUAAAAAUAUUAUCCAAAUAGUGGAGCAAAUAUGUGCCUUAAUCGAAUAAUUGUUUUUGAAAUUAAAAUUGCAAAUUUUCGUGUAUCUUUGCCAGUUAAUAUAAGCGUAAUAUUUUAUGAG